AUGCAGUACACAACAAUCCUCGCCGCUCUGGCUCUCGGAUCAACAACCGCCAUGGCCCACAUGGAAAUGUCUUUCCCGCCUCCACUAAAGUCCAAGUUUAAUAGUCACGCUAAGAAUGCUGAUUAUUCUAUGACUGCCCCACUAUCUGGGGUUGCUCAGUUCCCUUGCAAAGGUUAUCAGACAGCCAUGUCUGAUACCACCGGGGAAGGAGCAUCGGUCGUUACCUGGGCCCCAGGUGCCAAAGCCAACUUCACAGUCGUCGGAGGAGCAACACACAGUGGCGGUAGUUGUCAAGCGGCUUUAUCGUACGACGUAGGUAAAACCUUCACCGUCAUCCAUUCGUACAUCGGGAACUGUCCGACGUCGUCUGGUCAAAACUUCGACUUCACCAUCCCUUCAGACGCAAAGACUGGAUCUGCCUUGUUCGCAUGGACUUGGUACAACAAGGUCGGCAACCGCGAGAUAUACAUGAACUGUGCAUCCGUCACCAUUGGUGCAGCUUCCGCGAAACGCACCAUCUCCGAGCGCGACACGGCCUUUUCUUCACGCCCCGGCCUCUUCGUCGCCAACGUCGACCCCAACGGCUGCCACUCGGUCGAGGGUACAGACUUGGCCUUCCCAGACCCAGGUCCAGAUCUCACCGGAACAGCAGGUGCCACUGGCACCAUCUCUGGGACUUGCGUGGCAGUCAACGGCAUCGGUGGACCAUCAUCGGGAUCCAGCUCAGGGAGCGGUACUUCGGCAUCUGCCCCAGCUGCUAGCGGGUCAUCGGCUCCUUCAGCAUCUCCAGCUGCUAGUGGUGGCUCAACAGCUUCCUCAGCAGCCGUAGCCGCCCCCAUUGCAUCUUCCGUAGCCGCAAGCUCAGGAUUCUCAACCCUCCCUGUGUCCUCAGCAGCAGCAGGAGGAGCAGCAGCAGGCUCAGCCACCGCUACCGCUUCAGCACCCGCAUCGUCCGGAACAGGAACCAGCGGAUCCCUCACCGUGUCGUCGCACGGCGAGUGCGGCGCGUCUAGCACCUGCGCCGGCCAAACCCAGUUCGGAGCCUGUUGCUCCAAGUGGAAUUUCUGCGGCGACACAACCGAACACUGCGGCGACGGAUGUCAAGCAGGCUUUGGAACGUGUGGCAGCGGAGCUUCGUCAGGCAACUCGACUACCAACGCAACGGUCAAGGCUCGACAGCCCCGCCACCCAAACCUGGGAUUCCUCAGAGGUCGACGAGCUAGGUUUUGA